AUGGCACCAUUUCGCUCGAUCUUCUUCUUUGCAGCUCUCCUCGCCUCCGCGGCUGCGGACAAAGCAGUCAACAGAAACUCGAAAUGCGCGUGUGCGGCACUCAAAAAGCCUAAUAUUCCUGGCGCAGAGGUCAUAUCCAUCAAUGGAACGCGGCUUCUCAACCACACCGUCGCCGCAUUCCCAGGCCUCCUCCCAGAGCCAGUAACGGGCCUUGACAUCUGCGCCGUCGACGUGGUUCUCAGGCACCAAGGUCCUCAUGACCAAGUCCUCGUCAAAGUCUGGCUGCCACUCAAAGGUUGGAACGGACGGUUCCAGGCUAACGGCGGAUCAGGCUUCGCAGCUGGUGCUCUGGACCUGACGCUGGGCCCUACCGCCAAGCUGGGCUACGCGGCGGCAUCAACAGACGCAGGUGUUGGAUUCAACCCGCUGUCGCCUGAGGGAUGGGCACUGCUGGCGGAUGGUUCUGUGAAUCAAGAGGCACUAGUCAACUUCGCGUAUCGGUCUGUUCACGAUGUCGGUCUAGUUGGAAAGGCCAUAACUGAGCAGUUCUACGGAAAGAAAUCUCAAUACUCGUACUGGAACGGAUGCUCAACCGGUGGGAGGCAAGGACUGGUCGCCGCACAGAGAUACCCAGAUCUGUUCGACGGGAUUCUGGCCGGCGCGCCCGCAAUCUCCUGGCCCACGUAUGUGAUGGCGGAACAGUGGCCGCAAGUUGUCAUGCACGAGGAAAACACCUUUCCGUCGCCAUGUGAGCUCAAGGCGUUUACCGACGCCGCAGUUGCUGAGUGUGAUUUGGUUGGACAUGUGAUUGAAUGCGAUGGAACCAGCCUCACAAUUACCGAGUCUGUUGCAAGAGUGGUUCAAAAAGUGUACCAAGGACCAUUUGACCAGGAUGGACAGCGACUUUGGUAUGGCUUGAAUUUCGGUGCUGCUUUGGACACCUUGGCCAAUACACUUGUGGUUGACGGGGCACGCAAAGGGUCUUCAUUCUUCGUCAACGAUGCUUGGAUUUCGUAUUGGGUUACCAAAGACCCCAAAUAUGACCUCGGUCAGAUUGAUUACACGACGCUCGAACAUCUGUUUACCGAGUCGGCCAAGGAAUACGACGCCAUUAUUGGUUCAGACAACCCCGAUCUUUCAGCAUUCGAAAACGCAGGUGGCAAACUACUCGUCUGGCAUGGCUUGUCCGAUCAGAUCAUUUUCCCGAAUGGAACCGUCAACUAUCGCGAUCGAGUCGAGCGAUUGCUGGGCGGUCCAUCCAAGGUAGACGAGUUCUUCCGCCUAUUCCUUGCCCCAGGCGUUGACCAUUGCGCCGGGACACCAUCGCUUGGUGCCGUCCCGACCGACCCAUUUGCGGCCUUGGUAAGCUGGGUUGAGGAGAAGAAGGCACCGGCCCAUCUGUCCGCCCAAGUCUCGGGAGGUGAUCGAAUUAUCUGCCCUUACCCUCUCACGGCGAAGUAUAUUGGAGGCGGAAACGCUUCCGCCGCUAGUUUCGAGUGUCUUUAG